GUCUGGCAGUAACCCAGUCUGACACAAUGCCAGAAACCCGAGAAGUUGCGCAGUUUAGGGAAUGACAGUGCGAACAGAGACAGUCAUAUGUUUUGCUUAGUAAACUGAUAGGGGAGAAGGGCACAGAGCAUCGCUUAGUAACUGGGGAAUGGAGUAGGGACAGGAAGGAAGAGCCCGUGAAACAAAUUCACCGUAAGAAUUAAAGACGAAAUGGACACCCUUGUAUCACGGUCUGGUUUAACACAGAGGAAAGACGAAUAUGAGCCUCCGAGUAUAUCAGACCUCAAUCGGCUUCUGUGGACCAAAGCAGGAGGAAGUGGACACGUGGAUCACGUUUGGCCAAACCUACACCUGGGAGAUGCGUGGACUGCUCGAGACAAGGGAACUCUAAAGAGACUGAGGAUUACGCACAUCCUCAACGCUGCUGAUGGAAAGUUCAAUAUUAACACCGGAGCCACAUAUUAUAAAGACAUGGGAAUACAUUACUAUGGAGUAGAAGCAUUUGAUGACCCAAACUUCAAUCUUAGUCCUUUUUUUUACCCAGCUGCUAAAUUCAUCAGAGCUGGACUAAACACACUUGGUGGUAAAGUGUUUGUUCAUUGUGCUAUGGGAAUCAGCCGAGCAGCAACCCUAGUCCUUGCAUAUUUAAUGAUCUGUGAAAAGAUGUCUCUGGUUGCGGCUAUUAAAACAGUGAGCGCUCAUCGGAAUAUCUCACCUAACAAUGGCUUCCUCUCUCAACUCCAAGAGCUUGACAGAGCCCUAAUGAAAGAAAGGAAAAGAUGAUUGGACCUUGAAUGCUUGACAUAUGGUGACCUCACAACAAGGCUUCAUUUACAAAAUAUCUGGAUGGAAAAUAGUACAGCGAAAGUAGACAGAGAUUUAUUAACUUUAUGCUCUCAAUUUAGUUCAGCAUCUUCUUGGAUACAUGAGAUAUGAUUGACUGUUGUUUUAUGGUUGACACAGCUUUAUUAGCACCAAAGAUCACUGUUUUUAUCACUUGUAUCAAUAAAAGGAAAUGCAGUAACAACAA